AUGUUUGUUAUGGGCAAAGCGCGAAUGUCUUUAAGCGUCACAGGGGCUGCAGCGGCCUUGUUUGUUAUGGGCAAAGCACGUAUGCCUAAAAGCGACACCUCGGCUGUGGCGGCCAUGUUUGCGGUGGGGCAGGAGAGCGUUGCCUCCUAUGACAGAUCAGUGCUCUCCAUCCAGACACAGGAGGCGGAGCCAGGAGAUGUGGGAGAAGAGCUCCGCCUCCUCGGACAGAUUACAGCUGUCAGCAUCCUGAAAGCUUCUCUCCUCCCUGCCAGAUCUGACACCCAUGAGGAAGCACCUGGUGCCAUCUCACCCCUGACGGCUCUUCUCUGGUGGUUUAGAACUGCUUUCGUAGAUGAUGCUGAAGUUGGAUACGUGAUGCCUGCAGUGCCCUGGCUUCUCACCCAUCGGUCACUACAGGGUCCAGUGGGGGGUGAAGGAUCCGACGGGAGGAACCAGUGUGUGGUGAGGACCAGGUGUCCAACACGCCUGGAUGCAGAGGCUGCUUUUUCAGCGGUGGCUCUUGAACGAUGGCAAAGAUCGGUGGAGUGGCCCAAGCAGCUUCCAGACAAGUGGCAGCAUGACCUGUUUGAAAGCGGGUUCGGUGGUGGCGCUGGAGUGGAGACUGGAGGAAAACUGCUUGUGUCCAAUCUGGACUUUGGGGUUUCGGAUGCAGAUAUCCAGGAACUGUUUGCAGAAUUUGGUACUUUGAAGAAGGCGGCUGUACACUACGACCGGUCCGGCAGGAGCUUGGGAACAGCUGAUGUGCACUUUGAAAGAAAAGCCGAUGCACUAAAAGCAAUGAAGCAGUACAACGGGGUGCCGCUUGAUGGUCGCCCCAUGAAUAUCCAGUUGGUCACAUCACAGAUCGAAUCACAGAGGAGACCCAUACAGACCUCUGCUAGGGGUGGUAUGACGAGGCCAAGAGGUGGCGCAGUUGGCUUUUCCACUGGUGGUGGAAACAGAAGAGGUGGCCGAGGAGGUAACCGGGGCCGUGGACGGGGUGGUGCAGGGAGAAACACAAAGCAGCAAUUAUCAGCAGAAGAGCUGGAUGCACAGCUUGAUGCCUACAAUGCCCGAAUGGAUACAAGUUAAUCCAGUCGUUUCCUGUCCUGUUGUGGCUCCGGAAGUCCUUUCUACAAAACUUGUUUUUUGCUUUUAUUUCUAAUAGGUUUUAAACUCAUGUAAAGUUUAAAUUUUUUUUUUUUUAUUGCGCAGACCUAUUUUUUUGUACGGAGUUAUUUUCUGGGAUAAAUUUUACUGGUUGAGUGUCAUGGGAUGGGUGAAGUAUAAACAUGCGCCUAAUAAUAAAA